UAGUGAAUGCAGGGUCUGGGGAGACCAGAUAUAGUGAAUGCAGGGUCCGGGGGGAGACCGGAUAUAGUGAAUGCAGGGUCCGGGGAGACUGGAUAUAGUGAAUGACCAGGGUCCGGGGAGACCGGAUAUAGUGAAUGCAGGGUCCGGGGGGAGACCGGAUAUAGUGAAUGCAGGGUCCGGGGGAGACCGGAUAUAGUGAAUGCAGUGUCCUGGGCUUAGUAACACUUUAAAUGCUCAUUGGGCUUAGAGGAUGAUGAGCUUCCUCCUUUUUUAGGUGAC